ACUAGGACUAUCCAAUCACACACCAUCCAAUAUUUCCGAACGGAAUAAACCAGAUGGCUCGCAGAUUUGAACAAGCCAUCUUGGCCGGGGAAGUGGCCGUCAUCGGACCCGGGACAGUGGGCAGCAUUCCCUUCACCGCUCCAGGCCCAGACUCCAGUGAAAACAAAGAACGGCAAGACGAGGGGCCAGACCGAAUUCAGAGCUAUCGGCACCGGAAGGCUUCUGAGCAAUGGGGCCGCCGUGGUGGUGAUGAUCAGCACCGAGUAUACAUUUCUAGAGGUGUGUCGCCGCACGGUUUAGGCCUCGCGGCGCCCCAAAGUUAUGUGAUCGUCGAUGCUAUCAACCCCGAGGGCUGGAUCUGGGUGCUCCCUGAUCGAGUGAGCCUUAUCGAGAGAAUGCUGAGUGAUACGUUACCGGGGGCUGCACCGUCACAAGUUGGGUAUGAGGUUCAAGGCUUCGCGUCCGAUUGGGCGAAAGGGCGGGUAUUCGUGGAUGCCAGGGUCUAUCCGCCCAAGGUUUAUGUGGAUGACGUGGAGAUGGUGCAGGUCCACUUUGGUCCCAAAGACCGCAUAAUGGCAUCAACUACACCUGGGUGGUCUCCUCCCGCGAGGGCGCGGGAUUAG